AUGGAGAAUCCAUCUUCAACAACAGGAAACUGUACCCACUGUCAGAGCCCCGCUACCAAAAGAUGCAGCGGAUGCUCUGGAGCCCUAGAAUACGAUGAGGAGAUCCCACAGCCCACACUCUACUGCAGCUCAGCCUGUCAAAUACAGGACUGGGUUGAGCACAAAGCCAAAUGCAAGCAGCUCCAGGCCCGCAAAUCCCUUUCAAGAGCCGCCAACCUCCUCCAAGCGAUACUGUAUCGAAUCCGCCUACGCGCUCAUGGAGUCACAUCCGCGACUGCCCAUGUUGAUGGAUCUAGGGUGAUCCUGUGCCCUGCUAAAGAAGAAAAAGAAGAGGUCUAUCGACCACUGGGACCGCUAUGUGUUGAGCUUAAAGGCGGCAAUCAACGCGUGUUCGAUGCCAUUGUCAUGGUGAGCUCUUGUACAGAAGCGGUAGUGUACCUGUUUUCCUUUGUUCGAGAUAUCCUGUCAGGUCUUUGCUCUAAGAUCGAGGAACUCACAAUUGACGUUCGUAACCCGGAAAUCUCCAUCGAGAGGCCCGACGGCGUUUCCCUGACCACUACUAAAAACCACAAUGUCUACCGUGUCACGCUGAAAAGCGGCGAAAUAUGGGUAAUCGAUCCAUCUGGAGCCCAGUAUGGAUUCGUGGAGUGUCUCUACACAUGGCGCGAUUUCGCAAAGGACAGGCUGGGUGGGAUUCACAGACAGGACAAGCUAGGUUAUCAGCGUGUAGAGACUAGUCGAGGCCAGACCGAGCACAGCGAGUUUUGUUUGCAGGUUUUUGACAUGGAACUGUUGGAACUUGCUUCAGCGCUCGAUGAGAAGAUUCCUACGCUUGCGAAGGUGUGUGGUGGGGACUUGAAAUUGAUCCUGCAGGGAUCAGAUGCUGCAUUUCAAAAAGCGAAGAAUGAACUGCUUGAUCAGUUGGGGAGCUGUGUCGACCUUUGCUUGGAGGAAGUAUUCGCCCCUGAACGAAUUGUGAAGAGAUCAAUGUUAGCUGACCGGCGCAUCGCACGGAAGAUGUGA